CCGAAGUUGCAGCCAUUGAUGAACAUAACCUCAAAAAAAUCUCGCGAUAAACAAUAGAGGCGUUUGCGUGUUGGAACCUUUUUUCACGGCAAUUUUCCGGAGUUUAUUGCGCAAAAUUCAAGUGAAUUUCUCAAGUAGUACCCCCACGCAGUGCCCCCGUGGGCUUUGCGAUUGUACAUCGGCACCCAGAUUGGGUAUUUGUGGGUGAAAAGGUGCUUGAAAAAAUUUUCUCAUUGUCGGCGCAUGGUCACAUUCCCGGGGGCGCUUCCUUUUUGGGCUGUUUGAGAACUCACACAAGGUACGUGGUAGUUGGGGAUGGAUGUGAGUGGGGGUGAUGUGGCACGUCUGGCCAGGGAUCUGGUUAGAGCGGUUGAGGUGACAAUGGAUACGCAUGCGAAUCAAAAUGACCGGAUGGAGGCCUACAUGGCGUGCGAGAGAUUCAAGGAAACCUCCCCAUUGUGCGCUCAGGCGGGACUCUUCCUCGCCAGUGGGCAAUUCCCACUCACAGUACGCCACUUUGGGCUACAGCUCAUGGAGCACACGGUUAAAUUCAAAUGGUACAGCAUUUCGCAGCAGGAGAAGAUUUUCGUGAAGGAGAAUGCCAUGAAGUUGCUCUGCACGGGCGUGGGACCCGCUGAGGAUGCCACCCUGAUGCACAUUAAGGAUGCCCUGAGCCGUAUUGUGGUGGAGAUGAUAAAACGUGAAUGGCCACAGCAGUGGACGACGCUCCUGGGUGAGCUGUCGGAUGCCUGUGCGAAGGGUGAGGCACAAACGGAGCUGGUACUCCUCAUUUUCCUACGCUUGGUCGAAGAUGUGGCCACACUGCAGACAAUGGAGUCAAGUCAACGGCGGAAGGACAUCUAUUCUGCCUUAACGGCAAAUAUGACGGAGAUUUUUGACUUUUUCAUGCGUCUCAUUGAGCUGCACGUGAAUAACUUCCGGACAGCCCAGAUCAGUGGGAGUCCGCAGGCACUGAGUCAUGCACGUGUUGUUCAGGUGGUCCUGCCCACCAUUACAAGCUUCGUCGAAUGGGUAUCAACGGUGCACAUUGUUGCCAAUGAGGGGCGUCUCCUGCAGAUUCUCUGUAUCCUCCUCAAUGAUGCUUCCUUCCAAAUUGGCGCUGCUGAAUGCCUCGCGCAGAUUCUCAUACGCAAAACCGUAGCCAAGGAGAAGAUUCCCAUUGGGUUGCUCUUCCGCUCUGACCUCAUCUCCUACAUUUACACCUCCGUGGCGGCGGCUGAAACGUCGCAUCUUCCGGAAAUGUAUGCCUACCUCAAGAAGGUCACUGCGGUGCUCUCGGGCCUUGCGGGGCACCUCACGAGUGGCAAAACAAAGGAAGAUGGCAUCCCGUGCACGUCUCCCAGCUUCGUGACAUUCCUCGAAACGGUGAUGAUGCUCACGCGGCAUCCGAGUCUCACAGUGGCCCACGGGGGCGCUCUCAUCUGGAUCACUCUCCUGCGCUUUGAUCACAUUGCCAAGGAUCCGGCUUUUGUGGAGUACGUGCCCAAGAUUAUUGAGAUUUCCGGGCCAAAGAUCAUUAAGGUGAUCUACCCAACAAAACGUCCCGUUGAGAUAACAAUGGACCCCCGGGUUUUCGCGAGUAUUGACUACGACAGCGAAGAGGAAUUCUCAUUUUUCUUCCAUCGCUGUCGUACGGAUUUCAUUGACAUCUUCCGGUUAGCCACAAUGACGGCACCACUUGUAACGUUCAGCUUUUGCGAGCAAUGGAUGACGGUGCGACUGCAGAAGGCACUUGCUGGGGAGGUGACCAAUAUGACUGUCCUCGAUCCAGCCUACAUGGAAUGGGAGGCUCUCAGCUAUGUUCUCGAUGCUGUUAUUGGGCGUAUUCUCCUCGUUACGGAGCGCCCGUCCGUGCAGUCGGGUCUGAGGUUGCUGGAGGAGUGUCUGAAGAUUGAUACACCCGAUCCACUUGUCCUCUCGAUUAUCCUUUCGUGCAUUUCGGCGCUUUUUAUGUUCCUCAGUAUGUCCUCUUGCCAAAUAACAGCUGGGAAUUGUGUCGCCAUGUCCGGAGUGUCGCUGUUGCCGCGUGUUCUGCAAAAGAUCUUUGCUUGUUUGGUGUUUACGGAUCAGAGUGCCGUUCCGAGUGUUACAUCCGCGAAAGCCGUGAAGAAUCUUCGACGACAUGCAGCAGCAUUGAUGGUUAAGUUGGGGAUUAAGUAUCCGCUCUUGCUGCUGCCGGUUUUUGAUCAGAUCAAUGGAACGGUUCAGGGAUUAAUUGGAACACCGAAUCAGUUAAGUCGUGGUGAGAAGACAACAAUGCAGGAGGCGCUAUUGCAGAUCUCCAAUCAUUUCUGCGACUACGAACGUCAAACGACCUUUGUGGCGGAAGUUGUGGCCGAAGGGAGGCAACAGUGGAUGAAUAUUGUUCCUGCGCUCAAAUCUCCGGUGGAUUUUAUCCAUUUUGUCGGCUUGGACCUUGAGCCAAGGCCAAUUGGGGAGACUCCGGUGCAUCAGACUGUGCUGAAUCGGACAAAUCUCACGUACGCCAUUAAUAUUGUUGCGGGUGUGAUAAAACGCUGCUCGUGGCCAGAUGAUCCAGAUAGGGCGUCACGUGGGGGCUUUGUUGUGGGUUUGACGGAAUCGGGGAAUCCAAUUUGUCGGAAUCCCGCAACGCCGCAUGUGAUUCCCCUCCUGCCGCAUAUCCUUUCGCUGCAGCGUGUUGUCAAUGAGCUCUUUACGAGCGUGACGCAUAUGCAUGAUGCCUACCGUGGGGUUCAUGCAAUGCUGGAGACGGAGAAGCGUUUGCUGCUGGGUAUACCGGGUGCAUUGAUGGAUCCCCUUGAUCCGGAUACGGAGAAGAAGGGGCAGCAAAUGAAUGAGGUGGACAGGAUGCAGCAAUUCCUGAAUUUUGUCUUUGAAACAAACAUUCAUCUCAUUGGGAUAGCUGGACCAUCCCUCGGGAGGGAUUUAUAUCAGAUUCCGGGGAUUGCUGAUGCCAUUGUUGGGAGUAUGUUUGCAAAUGUGGAAAAUGUGCCAGACUACAGACUACGUACCCUCAAUCGGGUGUUUAUGAAGCCAUUUGUAUACUCAUGCCCACCAGCUUUCUACGAUACCGUCCUCCUGCCCGUUUUCUCCUACUUGGCGCCAUUCAUGCUCAAUCGUCUCACAUUGCGAUGGCAAUAUAUUUCAUCUCUGUACGAAAGGGGCGAACUAGGGGAGGAUGUGAGUGACACGCAGGAAGUGAUGGAGGAUAUGGUUUAUCGGGCAAUGGCCAGGGAAUACCUUGAACUACUGAAGGUAGCCCUUGUUGGGGGGCAGCUGACAACGGAUCAUGGGAAUCACGAUGAGACAAUGGAUCAGGAUGAUCUAUCAAUGGAUGGGCCACCGCAGCAACUAACCCGGGCUGCUCAAUCAGCCAUGGCAUCGGAAAUAAUAAGUGAUCUCGGGGGGAAAUUACUUCACUUCCCCGCCACAUGUAGCUCAAUUGUUCUCACAGUUCUCAACAUUCUUACGUGGAAUGAUAGUGGAUCAAGCUUCAAGGCAACCCUCCUGACUGGACCUAUAAUACGCUAUUUAGCAGCAGAAGGGCUCAUCACCGAAUCACUGGCAUCCACGACGAUGAUGUCAGUGCUUCAGUGCUUACAAGUUCACGGGCAACACGAAACGAAUCAGAAUUCCUGCAUCACUUUAGGUGUUCAGAUUUACGAACUUCUUCGCCCGAAAUUCCCAAUUGUUGUCAAUGUUAUGCAACAAAUACCCAACAUAACAGCAGCUGAUGUUCAGAAGUUAGAUGAGAAGAUUGCAACGGGCAGCACGAAGGGAAAUAAAAUUGAGAAAGGGAAACGUGAUCUCUUCAAGAAAAUAACAAGUCAGGUUAUUGGUAAAAAUGCAGGUCAAUUGUUCAAGAAGGAGAUUAAGAUUGUUGAACUGCCGCCACUUCAGAUAAAUCGUAGGAAUCACCAGAAUGCACUCGAAAAUGCAAUAGGUACGGGAAUUCCGGAACUAUUUAAUACGAAGAGCUAGAACGAGGCAAUAUAAAAGACAAAAAAAAAACAAAAUGGCGAUUAUUGCGUGUGGUAAGUUUACUUUAAGAUAACUGGGAAUCAGUCCUGGAUUGGAGAGAAAAUAGAAAAAUUAAGGUUGACAAUAUACUAUUCCUCUGAAAAACAGCAGAAAAAAAAUCAUAAAUUAAUAGCAUUUAUAGGAAGGCAAGUAAAAAAAAUUAAUUAAUUUAUUCAAUUUUUAUAAAAUACCAGAAUAUUGUGAGAAAAAAAAAAGAUUGAAAAGA